GAGCGUUCAGAUGAUCAAAGGCGAUACGUCAUUGCGCGCUGCAGCGAUUGGCUGGAUUCUGCUCCUUUUUCUCCAGAAUUUGCAACCGCGACCGGUCUUCGCCUCCGGAGCAGCGACAUCCCUACAGUAGAGGCAGGUGGACUUGUUUCCCCUCAAGAGAAAUGAAGGCAAUAUAGCGCGCGCAUUCGGCAGGGGUGGACAUUUCUAUUCGCUUUCGCCUCCUCAGUUUUUUUUCUCCCCCUGCAAUACAGACACUGGACUAAAUGAGUGCCCGGACCUUGGAGAGACUGGCGCUUUCCAUUCCCCACUGUGCCUUAAACGGAACCGGCAAUGGCACCUGCUUCGACCGGGUGGAUCAGCUGUUCCAGGCGUUCUCCUCCACCGCCGUGCUUUUCGUGCUCAUCACGAUGAUUAUCGGGAUAAUAUUCGUGUCCGUCACCACCUUCCACUUUCACAAAAGCAAGAUGAAGAAGCGCAAGAUACAGAAAGCGCAGGAGGAAUACGAGCGCGACAACUGCAGUCCCAAAGCGGCCAAAGGAAAGCCGGCGGUCCGGCAGUGCAUCAUGGUGAGACCCCCUACGGCAGUGCGGAAAAGUGAUCCAGAUCCCGGCCUGACGGAGGACACUGGACUCUCAGGACAUCAGCCGAAGGAUGAUAACUUGUUGGAAUCGGUCGCUGUGUCUUGAUAACCCAGCCUUCAGGAGGACCCUGUAAAUAACCUCAGUACCCAUAUGAUAUUACCUACGGAAUAUAUCGAUUCUUUGUAUAAGCAUUAGAGUUGAUAAGUUUUCAUCAUAGAUCCCGAAGGAGCCCUCUGGAUGCUCAAAAAGGAGGAAAGAUUGGGGGAAAGGCAAUGCUGACGGAAUGUCUAUCAUAAUUUAGAUCAAAAAUGGGAUCCAAUCAAGAGAGUGCUGGAUUAAAGUCUCAUCUUGGAUUAAAUUAGCAAAGUCUAAAUGAGUUGAUUUUAAUAGACAGUACUGGAAUGUCCAUCAUAAUUAGGAGACAAUAAGGAGAAACUGACAUUAAUUAUCUGAAAGGAUACUAAACAUGAAUGGGAUUUGAUCAUAAUUUCAAGCAAACUGAAAUGGGCUCAAUCCUGAGUGAGAACCUGAUAAAUGAAUGUAAUUGAGAAUACAUUAAUGAGUUGAUCUUUUAGCAGUAUUUUAGGAUGACAGUGAUGCAAUUACUGAAAUACUGUAUUAAUUGGUUAAUCCAAUUGCAUACUGAAUAAUUAAACAUUGUAAAAAAUUAGGAUGAGAUGGGGAAUUGAAUUCCUGGGGAGAAUAAAAUAGACAAUCUAAAAAGGGUUUUAUGAAAUAAUAAAAACUAAUUAGGAGUCAAUCCCACCCCCCAAAAAACACCAAUUAAGAACACAUAAGCAUCAAAUAGUUAAUAAACUCGUAUAGAAAUUGAUGAGAAACCUCUUAAAAAUCACAACUGUUUCUCUUUUGUGAAAAAAAAAAUCUUGGGGGAAAUAAAUAUUGAUCAAAAAAUAUAUGAACUAAAUAUAAAUGACAUUUACUUUAGUUCCAACCCAGUCCCAACUGGAUUAAACAGCAAUCCUCUACAAAUCUAAUUAUUACCAUGACUCUGAUUUUGAUAUAUUUAAGAGUCAACUCAUAUGUGGAUCCAAUGAAACCUCUCUUCAAUCCAAAAUGUGAAUCCUCUAAGAACAUCCCACUAUUCUCAAGCCACAUUUAGCUCAGAAUUACAGCUAAUCCAUGCACUAAUUGGCUGUAUCCCAUUAGCGUUACCUACAAAUUAUGAUAGGCAUUUCUUUGGGAUACAUUGUUCGUCUCGUCCACUCUUCUUUAUAUCGCUGUGCAUCCAAUGAGGAGGAAUAAUUGUAAACAGGGCCAUCACCACUGACAAACUACGGACCUACUGACAGUACUUCAGAGUUUAUGACUGACGCUCUCUUGUAUAAAGUCUGUACAGACGCUGGGAUAAAGACAAUGGUCUUCUUCAACACAACUCGCGAUGAUUUGCCUUUGUUUGAGUUUUAGGCAGCGUUCUUGUUUCGUUUGACAAAUAAACCUCCUAAAUUGAGAUUUAAUCCUAUAAUCUCGGUGGCUUUUUUUUUUCCAGGUAGAAGUGCAGUUCGUGCCAUUCUGGCUUGGCAUGAACAGGUUUAGUGUUUUUAACCCCUUAAUCCCCGAGACUGUUAAUGUGCAAUUGCAGCUCUAGUGGUAGUAGUAUAGCCUAUAUUGUUUCGUUCAUGGCACUGUAUAAUCAUAGUAAUAUUUAUGUAACCUGGGGCAUUUGGGUUUUGUGUUACAGCUCUGUAUUAACGCUCCUUUUUUUGGCAUUUCCGCUCUAGAUGAAUAUAACACUUAUGAUCAAGUACUCUAUUUUUUAUUAUUCUAGACUAGCGUAAUGAUCAAUAAGUAAUAAGACGAGAUUUUAAACAAGUCAUUUUAUGUAUUUCCUUGACAUUGUGUUUUUAACGGAAACUGGAGCUAUAGACCGGAAUAUCACGUAUUGUAACAGAUUGCAGUUUGUUUUGAUUUUGUUCAAUGCAUUCGAUUUUGAAUUAACAAUAAAGUAUUGUGCAAAAAA